UGGCCCUCUGCCCGGGCGCUCUCUCGUUUUCUGUUGGUAACCAACCUUCAGAUACGGGUCCGGAAGGCCGAACAGGAGCCGUGGGGCGACCGGGAGCCGGGACCCUUUGUGGCCCGCGAUGGGCCCUCGCCGCCGACGCCGCAAGCCAGAGACCCCGAAGAGGCGCAGCGCGAGUCCACCUCGCGGGACCCCGCGGCGGGAAGCCUCCUUAGGUUCUUCCUCUCGUCAACAUAGUCGGAGGAGAAUUGGCUGGAUUAAGGAGAUCAAAAAUCUACAGAAGAGCACAGACCUCUUGAUAAGGAAGUACCCCUUCAGCCGCCUGGCAAGAGAAAUAUGUAUGAAAUUCUCACGUGGUGUGGACUUCAGUUGGCAAGCCCAGGCCCUGUUGGCCCUUCAAGAGGCAGCAGAAGCAUUUUUAGUUCACCUCUUUGAGGAUGCCUACCUCCUCUCCUUACAUGCUGGCCGAGUCACUCUUUUCCCCAAGGAUGUGCAGCUGGCCAGGAGGAUCCGUGGCAUCGAGGAAGGACUUGGCUGAACUCCUGCAGCACUGUCUCUGGAUGUUACCUGGGACUCUCUGGAGCUACAACUAGACCCAGUGGUGUCUGAGGUGCUACCUGGAUUUCGUUGUCUCUGAGCGGUGUGUGACUGUUGCCCUUUAAACUUUCUUUAUGAAGGAGAAGAAUGCCCGUUUCCUCUGUAGCAGAGGUGUUAUAGGAGACAAUCAACACAGUUCCAAAGGCCUGAAAAGACUUAGUUGGUGUGUUACUCAUAUGACUCCUAAAGGAUUUUGAAGACAUCAGAUCUGUCAUGUUAUAGGAAAAGGAUAUUUACUUUGUUUUAGAUCUUUCUGUACUUUAUGCAUUUUUUAACCAUGUGUAUAUUUGUACUGUUAUUGAAAAUGAAAGGGAAGAAUAAAGAUAAAUAAAUAAAAAAUUUUUUAAAUGUAA